AUGGGGAUGCUGGUUCCGCUCCUGGAUCUGAUCCGGUCCGGAGACUCCAGCGCUCAGAGCCACUCCUGCGCCUGCGUCUGCCUCCUCGCUCCUCAGAGGUCGAACAGAGAGGCUGUCAUGUUGGAGGGAGUGAAGCCUCUGCUGGCUUUAGCCAAAUCCUACGACCCUCGAGAGCAGCAGGUGGCCUCCUGGGCUCUGCUGCACCUCACACACUCAGAUUGGUCCAGGAGGCUGCUGGGUGAUGCGGGGGGGUUCCCGGUUCUGGUUCUGCUGCUGCAGGGCUCAGACUCAGAGGUCCAGUUCUACAGCUGCUCCGCCCUCUGCAACAUCUCUUCUGCUCGGGAGCUCCACCGGAAGCUGCUGAGCAUCGGGAGUCACUUCCUGUUGAAGUCCCUGCUGACGCUCGCCUCCUCCUCCGUGCAAAAGAAGUCGAUGCAGGCGUGCAGAUGCCUUCAGACUCUCUCACAGAAUGAUCUGAUCCAGGAGCAGCUGAUGGAGCUGGACUGUGUGUUGCCUCUGCAGCCCCUGCUGAAGACAUCCUCUGCUGAGUGGAGAGAGUCGGCCGUCACACUGCUGUCUGCGCUGACUUCACACACACCGAACAAAGCCGUCCUGGUGAGCGAGGGUCUGCUGGAGGAAGUGGGUCAGCUGCUUCUUCAUCCCACAUGCAGCUCCGUCAUCAUCACACACAGCUGCAGGAUCAUCACUGACCUGAGCAGCUGCAGCGAGGGUCAGCAGGCUGUGAUGGAGGCUCGCUGUUUGUCAGGACUCCUCGGCGCUCUUCUGUCUCCGUCUCUGACUGAUGACACUUUAAUACAUCUGACGUCAUGCUUGCAAAACCUCAUGACACAACAUCCACUUCAGUCUGAGUUGUCGGUCAUGAUAACAUCAGAGCACGUUUCCAGACUUGUGAAGUUAUCGGGACGAUCACAAAACCCUCAGUUAUCGUACAACAGUGCGGCCGUCAUCAGCAGACUGGAAAUGACAGGAGAGACGCUCCAGCUGCUGAAGCCUCACUACGUCGCCAUGUUGGAGUACCUGUCGGUGCUUCUCCAAAAUAAAGAUUUAAAGUUCCAGCAGCUUGGCUUAGUGACGAUAUCCAACCUCAAGACAGAUGGAGACUUCUCCUCUCUGUUGUCUGGCGGCGAGGUGGAGGAUCAGCUCCGGACGGUUCAUGAUCAGACGGAGGAAACCAGACGGCUGCUGCAGACGAUCCAGCCUCCAUCUCCUGUUCACCCUUUACAGCCUCCACACAAACACUGAGAGACGAGCACUGAGAGCAGCACUGAAGAAGAAGCAGCUUUUCUCCAUGUUUCAAAGUGUUUAUUAGUUUUUAUGCUUACAGUCAACAACAAAUUAAGUGAAAAACAAGGCAGAGAAGCGGCAUAGUAUCAACUCUUAACACGUGAUAGUUACAAGCAAUCGGAUAUUUAGGAUUGGAUACAUUUGUUUUUUAUAUAUGCUUUUCUUAUAAUAAACUCUCUUAAACUUC